UAAAGUUUGCGUGAUUGUGGCUGAGACGCUGCAUGGGAUCACCUUGGCAAGCGCAGCAACCUCCGCGGCUUCUCCCAAACACACAACAUCUGCUCGUGACGGACGGAGAGCCCCCCCCCCUCAGCAGACGCAGGGGCCGCAUCCUCUGGAGCCGUUCAUGCCGGAUAAAGUUUGCGAGCGGCGAGGCAGAGGAGAGAGGUUAAAAACUCGACUGCGCGCCUUUCGAUAAACUUAUUGGGGACGUCGUUCGUCGCCGCGGACCGAAAAUGGGCACCUUGCGCGACCUCCAGUACGCGCUCCAGGAGAAGAUCGAGGAGCUGCGCCAGAGGGACGCGCUCAUCGACGAACUGGAACUGGAGCUCGACCAGAAGGACGAGUUGAUACAGAGACUUCAGAAUGAGCUGGAUAAAUACCGCUCGGUCAUCAAACCGGCGACCCAACAGGUCCACAAGCAGAACGAGCUGCAGGAGCAGCAUCGCACCAAGAGGCAGGCGAUUUCGGCCGAACCAACCGCCUUCGACAUCCAGGAUCUUAGCCAUGUCACCCUCCCUUUCUACCCCAAAAGCCCAGAGUCCAAGGAUCUGAUCAAGGAGGCCAUCUUGGACAACGACUUCAUGAAGAACCUGGAGCUGUCUCAGAUCCAGGAGAUCGUGGACUGUAUGUACCCCGUGGAGUAUGGGAAGGACAGCUGCAUCAUUAAGGAGGGCGACGUGGGCUCGCUGGUCUACGUCAUGGAAGACGGGAAGGUGGAGGUGACGAAGGAGAGCUUGAAGCUGUGCACCAUGGGGCCGGGGAAGGUGUUCGGAGAGCUGGCUAUUCUCUACAACUGCACCAGGACUGCCACUGUCAAGACCCUAACAAAUGUGAAGCUGUGGGCCAUUGACCGACAAUGUUUCCAGACGAUCAUGAUGAGGACGGGUCUCAUCAAGCACACAGAGUAUAUGGAGUUUCUCAAAAGUGUCCCCUCGUUCCACGGCCUGCAGGAAGACAUUCUGAGUAAACUCGCCGAUGUCCUGGAAGAGACGCAUUAUGAAGAUGGAGAAUACAUCAUCAGGCAAGGGGCAAGAGGAGACACCUUCUUCAUCAUCAGUAAAGGGAAGGUCAACGUGACUCGAGAAGACCUGCCCAACGGAGAGCCUGUCUACCUCCGCAGCCUCGGAAAAGGAGACUGGUUUGGGGAGAAAGCACUUCAAGGGGAGGACGUCAGGACCGCCAGCGUGAUCGCGGCGGAGGCGGUCACCUGUCUAGUCAUCGAUCGAGAUUCAUUCAAGCACCUGAUCGGAGGAUUGGAGGACGUGUCCAGUAAAGGCCAUGAGGAUGCUGAUGCCAAAGCCAAGUAUGAAGCGGAAAACGCGUUUUUCUUCAAUCUCAACCUCGCCGACUUCAACAUCAUCGACACCCUGGGAGUUGGCGGCUUUGGACGGGUUGAGCUGGUUCAACUCAAGAGUGACGAAAACAAAACCUUCGCCAUGAAGAUCCUGAAGAAGCGACACAUAGUCGACACGAGGCAGCAGGAGCACAUUCGUUCAGAAAAACUCAUCAUGCAAGAGGCCCACUCGGACUUCAUUGUUCGACUUUAUCGAACCUUCAAGGACAGCAAGUACCUGUACAUGUUGAUGGAGGCGUGUUUAGGAGGAGAACUGUGGACCAUACUUCGGGACCGGGGUUCAUUUGAGGACUCGACCACCAGGUUCUACACAGCCUGUGUGGUGGAGGCUUUUGCUUACCUGCAUUCCAAAGGCAUCAUCUACAGAGACCUUAAACCAGAGAACCUUAUAUUGGACCACAGGGGUUAUGCUAAGCUGGUGGAUUUUGGUUUUGCCAAGAAAAUUGGCUUUGGGAAGAAGACGUGGACUUUCUGUGGGACACCAGAGUAUGUAGCACCGGAGAUCAUCCUGAACAAGGGCCACGACAUCUCAGCCGACUACUGGUCUCUAGGAAUCCUCAUGUUUGAGCUCCUGACUGGCAGUCCUCCAUUCUCUGGCCCGGAUCCUAUGAAAACCUACAACAUCAUCCUGAGAGGCAUUGACAUGAUUGAAUUCCCAAAGAAAAUUACCAAAAAUGCUGCCAACCUAAUCAAAAAGCUAUGCAGGGAUAAUCCUUCUGAAAGACUGGGAAACUUGAAAAACGGUGUCAAAGACAUCCAAAAGCACAAAUGGUUUGAGGGCUUUAACUGGGAGGGCUUGAAGAAGGGCACAUUGACGCCUCCCAUUAUUCCUAAUGUCACGUCAGCAGUUGACACAAGUAACUUCGACAGUUUCCCAGAGGACAACGAGGACCCACCUCCCGACGACAACUCCGGCUGGGACGUUGAUUUUUAAAGUCCUUAACACCAAAAGAAACUCUUCUUUUGUUUGCUCGGAGACCAUCUCGGAGAACAUGGCUGUAGAGGAAAAAAAAAAAAGAUUAAAUUAUGUACUAUUACUAUUACUAUUAAACAUGAAAGAGAAGAUAACGGAAAAGAAGAUCAACGGAUGGAUGGCAAACCCUCUGGGUCACCGAUAUGCCUUUAUUUCACUGUGGCUCUGGAUCAAGCAUUUAUACUGGGACUGCUGUAGCACUUCUUCGGUGUUGUCUUACACUCUGGUCUAAAAGGAAAAGGCAGAGAAAGUGCAGGGAUACACACACACACAUAAUAUAACAGAAGACUGAUAGGCUGAACUGAAAGGAGAAAAGGUGUCAUGAAGAGAUGAAUGUUUUCAAGUUUGUCUUAAGUUUUGAUCCAAGGUAAAUUAAGAGUGAAAAUGUGGAAGAAUGCUCAAAAAGUGUGGAAACAAACAAGGAUGUUUUUUUUUCUGUUCUAGAUUUGUUUCUCUGCAAUAUAGGUGGCGUACCUGGUGGACUUUGGGAGAAAUUACAAUCUCACUGCAGUUGUGCUGUAGGUAUUUUGGACAGGCGGCCGCUUGCUGCUAUCUGUGAUACUUUCCAGAGAUCUACAUUAAAAACAGUUUGCAAGAAAAACUGGCAUCAAGUGCUCAAGACUACCCUGAAUGUCACAGAACAUACUUAUGGCAAACAGUUUGUACGGUACAUAGUAUUUGAUUUUACAAGUUACAUAACGAGCAGAAUUAGGAGCGAACACAACGAGGCUAAAAUCAAAUACUUGGUACGCGGUAAGUGAGAUUAAUCUACCUUAAAAAGCACAAACACUGUGCAGUCAGUGGAAAGAGAAGUGACUCUUAAAGUGCCCUGCUUCAAAAUUUAAUGAAUCACACACCGGCGCACAUGAAAUGUCAGCUAAUACUCCCAUCAAACAGUGAGUCAUUAUGCACUUAAGACCAUAAACUGAGAAAAUCAGCUGUUAUUUCGAGCUCAUUUUAAGCUUCAUUUGAAGUCACAUUUAUUUUUGUUGUUGUUUUGUUAUGUUAUACUUUUAUUCGCGUCCAUGAAUUCUUUUCUCGCCGCAUUCUUCUUUGGUUAAUUCACCCAAAAUGCCUCAUCCCUCUCACCCAAACCAGAUGUCCUCCGUUCACUCCUGUAUAUUUCUGACAUUACUGUGAACCUGGUUUCAGUGUAUUUGGUGCUGUUGAUAAAUUGUAAUAAGCGAUGUUGAGAUGACAGUACUGGUUAUUGUUUUUGUAUUGUGAUUUUAUUUUAUUUUUUAUUUUUUUUGUGCUUGAUUACUUUGUAACGUACUUGACGUCAUUCUUUAGAAAAAGUUUAUGUACUCGAGUGAAAACUUGUUCGGUAUCGCUUGACACCAUGUUGCAUUGUGGUCAGUGGUGUUCUCGAGGAUUUUCAACAGGUUUAACUUCUUCCGUAUGAAGUCACCGUUGUCUUUUUGGAAGCUGGAUCUACCGCAUUCGCACGAUCUACCACCCUAAACAUAACAUCAUGUGGAAAUUUUGAAAUAUUUUUUCCAGAAAAAAAACAGGAGACAAAAAAAAAAAGAAGAAGAAAUCUAUAUUUUGUGAAAACUUUGACCACUAGCGCUAUGAUGUCUAAACCAUCAUCCCUCAUGUCCAAAAAUCAGAACAUAAAGUUCAGUGGAAUGUAAGUGCCUUAAGUCAACGGCAUACAAAUUCAACAUCACGAGACCUUUUCAGAUGCUGCAUGAACACAUAUACACCUCAGAAACUUGUGUCCUCUUAGACGGCUGCUUCUCACCCUUUGUUAUAUCUAAUAAAUACAUUAAUCACCCUGGAAAAAAAAUAAUUUCUAAGUCAUUCGAUGGCUACCGGAAGUGUAUAUGAAGUAAAUUUAUCGUGUAUGCCUUUGAUUUAUCUCACGGGAACAUUUAUUACCAGUGAACUGAAUUUCACAGACCCGAUGUGGCUGCAAUGACAUGCUUUUCUCAAAACAUCUGAUCUCAACCUCUAGAGCCUGAUA